CAGGCCCACCGCGGCGCCCCUCCUGGCUCCGAGCUGUUGCCGUGUCCUCUGCACCGCGAGGCUUGUCCGGUCGGACUCGGAGCUGGGGAUGGGGUGCGUCCAGCUGCUGGGGUUACGGGGGUUAGGUGAGUGGAGAUGAGGCCGAUGAUGUCAUGGAUGCUUCGCCGGGCCUUGGGAGAAGUGGCGGCCGGAGGGGGUGCGGCCCGGAUUAUGUCACCUCUUCCCUCUGCGCCCCGCCCCCCGGGGCCACACUCGAUGAGGAGAACACCGCAGCCCGGGAUGGCUCAGUCGGUCGGUCCAAAGCUGCGCAGCUGGUUCGGGCCGAACCCCGACUGCGAGAAUGAGGCACAUGGCCCCUGCAGACCUGGUCUCGGAGGGUCCCAGGCUUGAGGACCCAUCGGCCCCGACCCUCUUGGAAAAGCAAGGAGAGGACCCUGUGCUGGUAUGCCCCCCUGGCUUAGUCAUGGCGAAGCUGGAGACACUGCCUGUGCGCGCUGACCCGGGGCGGGAUCCCCUCAUGGCCUUUGCCCCUCGGCCCUCUGAGCUUGGACCCCCAGACCCUCGCCUGGCCAUGGGCAGUGUGGGCAGUGGGGUUGCUCAUGCCCAGGAGUUUGCCAUGAAGAGCGUGGGCACCCGCACAGGGGGUGGGGGCAGCCAGGGCAGUUUCCCUGGCCCCCGCAGCAGUGGCAGCGGGGCCAGCAGGGAGAGGCCAAGCCGCUAUCCCUCAGAGGACAAGGCUCUCUCCAACUCCCUCUACCUCAACGGUGAGCUGCGGGGCAGUGACCACACGGAUGUCUGUGGCAACGUGGUGGGCAGCAGUGGGGGCAGCAGCAGUGGGGGCAGCGACAAGGCCCCCCCCCAGUACCGCGAACCUAGCCACCCACCUAAGCUUCUGGCCACCUCUGGCAAGCUAGACCAGUGCUCAGAGCCACUAGUUCGGCCUUCAGCCUUCAAGCCCGUUGUACCCAAGAACUUCCACUCCAUGCAGAACUUGUGCCCCCCACAGACCAACGGGACCCCUGAGGGACGACAGGGCCCUACUGGCCUCAAGGGUGGACUGGACAAGUCUCGAACCAUGACCCCAGCAGGAAGCGGGAGUGGGGGUGGCCUCUCAGACUCAGGCCGGAACUCACUCACAAGCCUGCCUACCUACAGCUCCAGCUAUAGCCAGCACCUGGCACCCCUCAGUGCCUCCACCAGUCAUAUCAACCGCAUUGGCACUGCCAGUUACAGUGGUGGUGGCGGCAGUGGGGCAGGCUACCAAGACCUGGCCACCUCUGACAGUGGGCGGGCCUCCAGCAAGAGCGGGUCAUCCUCAUCCAUGGGCCGGCCAGGCCACCUGGGAUCAGGGGAGGGGGCAGGUGGAGGCCUGCCGUUUACAGCCUGCUCACCACCUUCACCCAGUGCCCUGAUCCAGGAGCUAGAGGAGCGGCUGUGGGAGAAGGAGCAGGAGGUGGCAGCUCUGCGGCGCAGCCUGGAGCAAAGUGAGGCUGCGGUGGCCCAGGUGCUGGAGGAGCGUCAGAAGGCCUGGGAGCGCGAGCUGGCUGAGCUGCGGCAGGGCUGCAGUGGGAAGCUGCAGCAGGUGGCCCGCCGCGCCCAGCGUGCCCAGCAGGGCCUCCAGCUGCAGGUGCUGCGGCUGCAGCAGGACAAAAAGCAGCUGCAGGAGGAGGCAGCCCGGCUGAUUCGGCAACGGGAAGAGCUUGAGGACAAGGUGGCUGCCUGCCAGAAGGAGCAGGCUGACUUCCUGCCCCGGAUGGAGGAAACUAAGUGGGAGGUGUGCCAGAAGGCUGGGGAGAUUUCCCUCCUGAAGCAGCAGCUGAAGGACUCGCAGGCGGACGUGUCCCAGAAGCUGAGUGAGAUAGUGGGGCUGCGCUCGCAACUGCGGGAGGGCCGCGCCUCACUGCGGGAGAAGGAGGAGCAGCUGCUCAGCCUGAGGGACUCCUUCGGCAGCAAACAGGCCAGCCUGGAGCUGGCUGAGGGCGAGCUGCCCGGGGCCUGCCUCAAGCCGGCGCUGACCCCCGUGGACCCUGCCGAGCCCCAGGAUGUCCUGGCCACUUGCGAAAGCGACGAGGCCAAGAUGCGCCGCCAAGCGGGGGUGGCCGCGGCCGCCUCCCUGGUUUCCUUGGACGGGGAGGUGGAUGCCAGCGGGGACGGCGGGACGCGGGCGCUGCGGCGGGAGGUGGGGCGGCUGCAGGCUGAGCUGGCGGCCGAGCGGCGGGCCCGGGAGCGCCAGGGCGCCAGCUUCGCGGAGGAGCGCCGCGUGUGGCUGGAGGAGAAGGAGAAGGUCAUCGAGUACCAGAAGCAGCUGCAGCUGAGUUAUGUGGAAAUGUACCAGCGCAACCAGCAGCUAGAGCGGCGGCUGCGGGAGCGCGGGGCCGCGGGGGGAGCCAGCACACCCACUCCCCAGCACGGGGAGGAGAAGAAAGCCUGGACCCCCUCCCGCCUCGAGCGCAUUGAGUCCACAGAAAUCUGAUUCCCCUCCUGGGCACGUGGUCUUUUGACAAGUGCCCAAAGGCCCGAGUCCCCAGUGUCCCCUCCCUGCCAUUUCUCUUCCCUCUGUCCGCCAUAUCCCCAGACCAAAGACGUUCCCAAAGCAGCUGUGCCCAGGUUCCUCCCCUGUCCCCACUGGGUGCCCUCCCAGCCCUGCCACUGGCUCUCUGGGCAGCCCACUUGGGCCCUCCUCCCAGGGAGGGAAUAGGGGGAGGCAGGGUGAGUGGGAUUGAGGGACCCAGGUAGCAGGGAGCCAUGCUCCCUUUGGCGCUUGCUGGUGGGAGAUGGAGGUGGCAGGCCCAGAGUGCCGUGAGGUGCUGCAGUCCCUGGUGGGUCUGGGUUGCUACGUCAGCGCCCCCGUGCCCAGUGAUGCUCUCUGUGCUCGCCUCCUGGGCCAUGUAGCUUGAGGGGCCUGCAUGGGCUCCGCCAAAGCUGACAGACCUUGGGCUCCGAGCCCCUCUCCUGCCUGUGCUAUCUCCCUCCCUGGGAAGAUGGGCAGGACAAGUGGGAGCAGAUGGCCUGCCUGCGGUUGAGGGGGCUACCUGCCCAGCUCCUCCCCACAAGGUCUCUUAGGCUCAGGCCUCAGAGCUGGGCCUGGUCCUGAGUGUGUGUCCAUAUGUGUGUGUCAUGGGGUGGAAGAGCUGAGGUUGGAUACUCAGUGCCCAGGGAAGAUCGGUCUGCCCUCCUGUUCUUGGCAAGGGCCACCUGGAGGCUUCUCAGCUCAACUCCACUCUUCUGGCCAGGAUCCCACAGGGUAACAGCCCCAUCUGCUUGGCGGACCCCACACCCAGGGCCAUUGUCCAGCUCUAACUACAGCUAUUAAGAGCUACCUGCCUCUCAGGCACUUCCCUACCCCAGUUUCUGAGGUCAUAUGAGUGUCUGUGAUGUCUUCCUGUGUCUUCUUCAACUCGAUUCUCCUGGUCUACUGCUUUCAUGCUCAGAACAUCAUUGUCCCAGGCUGCCUCAUCCCCAAAACCUCACCUUUUUUUCCAGCAGAAAGUUCUGUUGAUCUUUGGUGCACUGCCCACUUCCAAGCUCCACUGGGCUCAAGCCUGAGCCUGAGGUCCUUGUUUUGGGGGGGCAGAGGGAUGGUUGUGAUUGCCCUUGAAGAACAAGGCUGACCUGAGAGGAACGCUGAUCCCUGAGUUCCCAGGGCCCUGAGGUAGCCCAGCAUUUGCCCAGGGUAGGCAAAUUUCUAAUUCACCAGCAAUAAAAAUUAGAGGAAGGCUUUGUCCUUAGCCCUCAUAUUUCUCUCUUUUCACUCUCUUCUUCCCAUCCCCAAAACUCAUUUUGGGGGGUUAGGGUGGAGAGCAGGCAACUACUGUGAGCAAGUCCCCCAACCCCUGACCAACCUCCUCCCAUGACUGGUGACUGUUUAAUGAGCUGUGCAUCCCCCACAAAAACAGGAGUGCCCCUCUGUGUGGCCUCCAUCCCUCUGCACAGCCCCUUCCCAGUGGUUCUCACCAGAUCUCUGAGCUGGGUCAGGAGCCAUCCUGGCAAUCACUGCCCAUUCCACUCACCCUUCACUGCACCUGCUCCAGAGCCUAGGCCUGGGCCAGAGGCAGGGGAAGGAAAAUACAUUAGUAGGAAAAAUAUAUAGAAAAAACUUAACAGAUUCAGCUUUGGGACUUCUAACCACAAAAUAAAUGAUAUAUAAAUAUAUAUAAAUAUAUAUCUCUACCAUAUGUGAUGUAAAGACUUUGUUUUCUCUUCCCAAAGAAAUAAAAUGGAGAAAGCCUCUUGA